CUAUUUCCAAAAGCUUAUUAAGGUGUACCAUAUGUAAUUGUCGAGGAACUUAUAUCGAACUUGAAACAAACUAGUAAGUCCGUUGCUUUUCCGAUAUCUCGACGUUCAUACGGACGAACGACAGACGGACGGAGUGGCGUACGGACAGAUCCGCUUGACCAGUGAAUUUAUAUACGUAGUUGUGCUUCGAAAACGCUUCAACUAGCUGUAACGGAUAUAAAUUAACCUAACCGUUUACUAGCGCCGCUUAAGUUUUGCCGAAUGAUCAAUGUUAUAUCAUUUUCAAGUCGAACAAUGCGAGUGCACUCAGUUUGAGUCAUUUUUUCGUACAGCCCGCAGGGCGCAGCACUCAGUUGGUCGCAGUCUAAAAUCCGAAGACGACGAUGGCGGAUGGCGCACAUCCCAAUCCGCCGUACUUUAACCGCGUACCCACAGUUGGCGUGAUGUGCAUCGAUAUUGCCACGCGACUGCAGCAGAACUUUUGUGGGGCAUACCAUAGCUAUAUAGCUGCGUCCUACGUCAAGUUUUUAGAGGCAUCCGGUGCCCAUGUCGUGCCCAUUUGGAUCGGUCGAGAACGAGCUUACUAUGAGAUAAUGAUGAGUCAGUUAAACGGCAUCCUUUUGCCAGGAGGAGCCGUGUUCAUCGACGAGGCUGAUAGGCAGGCGAAUCCGGAUCUAACCAGCGAUUGUGUCCGGAGCGCCGAGCUCAUUUUCCAACUGGCCAUGGAGCGUAACCGGCGUGCGAAGAAACUCGGUGAUCCUGGCGGAUUCUUUCCAGUUUGGGGAACUUGUCUUGGCUUCCAGUUGCUACUUAUUCAUGCCGCCGAAGCACCGAAUAUUCGAAUCGGCUGUCAGCCCAUGAGGGAAGCGAUGCCACUAAAACUAGUCGAUGAUUACCAACAUUCACAGCUCCUUGGAAAUCUGCCAGGGUCGGUUGCCGAUCAGAUGGAGAAGCACCCAUUUGCCUGCCACCAGCAUCAGUAUUGCAUCACCAAAGAGAGUUUGGAAGCCUUUGGUCUAGCUAGGGAUUGGCAUCCUCUAGCCACUCAGAAGGAUACUUCAGGGCUGGAAUUUAUCACGAUUGUCGAGCACCGGUAUUUUCCCAUCUUUGGAUGUCAGUUUCAUCCAGAGCGCGCUGCGUUCGAGCAGCUUUACAACUCGAAGGACCAAUGUUACAUGGCGCAUUCCCAUAUUGGUAUCGAGUUGGCCCAAAUCUUCGGCAGUCGGUUCGUUGACUUCUGCCGCAGCAACAAAAAUCAGUUCGCAAGUGCCGAAAUAAUAUCCCGACACCUAAUUUGGAACUGGCAGCCCGUUUUCUCUGGAAAGUUUAAGGACUCCAACUGGCAGCAGAGUUAUCUUUUCGAGAAGAACGUGGACUAUUUGGAAGACCGAGAUGAUGCUGAGGAGCUCAGCCCAUCUUAGUCUUUGUGAUACACGAGACUUAAUAUACCUAAGUCUUUGGUAUGAAAUGAUCCUGAUCUAGCAUCAAAGCGGUGAACCAUGUGUGUACUUGUAUAUUCGCUCUAUAUCUGACAAAUUCUAUGCAUCUACGAUUCAAUUCAUAUUUAUUAGGUGCAAAAGUUAUUCAAAUUGUUAUAAAACUUUAUCAUGUAAGUUUGUAAGAAAUUUACCAAUUCUGAUGUUUUACUAAAUCGAAUAAGUUGUAAUGGACUUGGAGAGGAAGUUUUUUGUGGUAGGGUUGGGAAAGGGUUACGAUUGUUGUAUCACAGAUUUUGAAAUAAAUUUCAGGGAACGUGGGAAAUGGGGGAAAUCCUGGGAAGGUGAUGUCUAAAGUAUAUAGAUUAUUUUUAACCACCUGAAUUUACAAAUGAUUGCUUUCUCUUUAAGAUUUUGCUGACUUACCUAAAGGGUUUGAU